AUGGAAACCAAAGAAUACCCUCUCCAGGUGGCUGCGCGGGACGGCGACUUGGCCACAGUGAAGGAGAUUCUGUCACGUGACCCCAAGCAGGUGAACCUGGUGGAUUCGGACGGCCGAAGCGCUCUGCUGUGGGCGGUGUCCAUGGGCCACAAGAAUAUUGUGGAGUGGAUUCUGGACAACCAAAAGCCUGCUGACAUUGACCAGACCGACGCUAGUGGCUGGACCGUUGUUCACAUUGCCUCCUCCACCGGAAACAUUGACAUGCUGCAGCUUGUUCUGCCUCUGGAUCCCGAUGUCAACGAGAAGGCCAAUGGAGGACAGACUCCUUUGCAUCUUGCUGUGGGCAAGAACCGAAUCGAUGCCGUGCGACUGUUGCUAGAUCAUGGAGCCAAGCCCUCAGUUCGAACAAAGGACGGCCAGGGCCAGAUUCCGCUCGUUCGAGCUGCUGCCAACGGCUCCAUGGUCAUGGUCAAGACUCUGCUUGAGAACGGGUCGCCUCUGUCCACCACCGACAUCAACGGCUGGACCGCUCUGCAUCACGCCAUGGCCGAGGGCCAGGGUGACGUUGCUGUCUAUCUCAUCCAGCAGGGUGCUUCCGCGGAGGCUGUGGACAGCGACAACAAGACCCCCUUUGAUGUUGCUGUCGACACCAAGGUUCUGGAAUACGUCAAGUCUCAGCUCGCCUAG